AUGGAGCUCGCGACGGCGGCUCUCAGCAGCCUGCUCCCCAAGCUGGGCAGCCUCCUCGUCGAUGCAUACAAUCUGCAGAAGGGGGUGAGGAGCGACAUCAGGUUCCUCAAGGAUGAAAUGGAGAGGAUGCAGGCUGCCCUCAGCGACUUGUCCAAGCUGCCGGCAGAUCACAUCAGCGACGUGGACAAGCUAUGGGCGAGGGAUUUGAAGGAGCUCUCCUACGAUAUAGAGGACAGCAUCGAUGCUUUCACUGUGCGCGUCCAGGCCGGUGCCCAGCCACCCAGUUUGAAGGGCUUUAGAAAGUUCGUUCACAAGAUCGGCUUGGUGAAAAAGAUCACGACUCGUCACCGGAUCGCCAUGGACAUGAGUGAAAUCAAGAGCCGCAUCAAUGAGGUGGCUGAGAGGCGAGCGAGAUACAACUUACCAGGUGUUGCAGGGCAGCCUGAUGCAACAACCAUAGAUCCUCGCUUGACAGCUCUCUACGAGCACGUGGAGAGACUCGUCGGCAUCGAUGGGCCAUCGGAGGAGCUCAUCAGCUUGCUAAUGAAAUCAUCACAUGGUGUGCGAAGUCAGGAGCUGAUGGUAGUCUCUAUUGUUGGCGUGGGUGGCCUUGGCAAAACGACGCUUGCCAAUUCAGUGUAUGAAAGGCUCAAAGAGAAGUUCGAUUGCCAUGCUUUUGUGUCGGUCUCCCUGAAGCCUGACAUAAAGAAGGUUUUCGGAAGCUUGCUGCGGAAACUUACCAGACAAGAAGCUGGGGAAAGGGAUCUCGAUGAACUCAUCAGUGAAAUCAAUAUAUUCCUCAGGAGUAGAAGGUAUGUAUUAUACUCCAAGUAUUGA